AGUAAAACCCGCAAGCCCUGUGACUGAAAGUCACUUCCCUGGGACCAUGGGUCAGCAGAGCUAAUCUCUGAGCCACUCAUAAUUUUUUUUUCUGUUCCUUUUAAUUAGCGCCAGUGGUACUCUGUGUACAGAAAUGUGAUGAUGAGAAAAAUUUCAUUUGCAGAACGUGUCCCUUUGUUUGUCCAUAUUGUCUUUCCUGGCCUGGGAGGCGGGUAAUCUGUAGAGUUUUCUAGUGCUGAGGCAGCUGGAUCAGGCCUCACAAUGAUAUGUGGUCUGGCAAGAGUGACAGCGGUGCAUGUAAACAAAGCCUCAUGUUCGAGAGGAGUCGAUGACAAAAGCAGAAAAAGAGAAAGAAAGAAACAGCAUAGUGCAUUCCAGUAAAGCUGUCAGACCGCUGGUGAGCGCACACAAAGCUGCUGCCGCUGGGCACUGACUCUUUGCACAAAUUGCUUUCAAGAUGCCUCUACCGAGACGCAGGUCUUCUUUCUUUGGACAACAGGUCCAGCCACCCCAGGCAGAGCGCCCCUCAAUGGGAAAUCGAAGGGUCAGUGUCGGCUCUAGCAGUGGGAUUUCAGCCCGGGCUCCAGGGGUCUAUGUGGGCAUUGUUCCCACCAGUGGGGCUGAUGGCCUGACCACUCGAGUGUCCCGCCGUGCCCUAUGCAUUAACAGCGUAUACCUGCUGGGUCUGCGGAGCUCAACGACGGCCAAUGUCUCCCAAGGGAUGGAGAGAAGCCAUAGCCCCGCUUUUGAAAGCCUCAAUGGCUGCCUACUGGAGUACAUGGAAAAAGUACACGCACUUGAGCAAGUGAAUCGAGAGCUGGAAGAUGAGAUCCGAGUCUACCUGGAUAAGAAGGCGUCUAAUGCGGGUAGUUGGGGAACGCUGAGACAAGACUGGGAGGACAUCUACAGACAAGUGAGUGAUGCCAUUCUGCAUAACUCACGCCUGAUGCUUCAGAUGGAAAAUGUCCAGGCCAACGCAGAAGACUUCAAAGACAGAUAUGAAAACGAACAGCCUUUCCGCAAGGCAGUAGAAGAUGAAAUUAACUGCUUGUAUAAAGUGAUUGACGACGCUAAUUUGACUAAAAUGGAUCUGGAAAGUCAGAUAGACAACCUGAGGGAGGAACUUAGUGUGCUGGCCAAAGGCCAUGAAGAGGAUGUGAAACUGCUUUAUAAUCAGCUCGCUGGAAGUCAGCUGGAUGAACAAGAUGCUCCAAUUGAGACAAGCCUUGACCAUAUCCUUGAAUAUAUCCGAAGCCACUGGGAAAAGGUGGUGGAGCAAAACCGAGCUGAGACUGAUGCAUACCUGGAACUCAAGCAGCCAGAAAGUGUAAAUGCUGAAUUGAGCCAGGAAGAGGAAGAACUGGAGUCCUUAAAAACAGAGUGUAAUGAAACUGGGUGCAAGAUUCAGAGCCUCCAAGCAGAGACAGAGUCGAUGAGAGCCCUGAAAAGAGGGCUGGAGAACUCUCUAUAUGAUGCAAAACAUUGGCAUGAUGUUGAGCUGCAGAACCUGGGCACUGUCAUUUCAAAGCUGGAGGCAGAGCUGGCUGAGAUUCGAGGCGAUAUCCAAGAGCAGAAGCAGGACUAUGAAAUUCUGCUUGAAAACAAAGGGAGGUUGGAACUUGAGAUUGGCACCUAUCAUGGCAUCUUAGAUGGUGAAGAAAGCAGGUGGGUCAUUGGAAGAGAGCCGGAUGACAGUGUAGUCCAGCCGGACUUUAAGCCCUCAGACAUGUUCUAACAACCCUUUAACAAGUUUCCUGGUUAGUCCAACGUGAAAGAUAUGGAGUUCACAUUAUUCUGAGAGAGUUGACUGUUAAGCUUUUUAACAUUUCAAAUUGCUUCUAAAAAUCAAACUGUUUAAUGGAGUGCAUUUCAUGAACUUGGUGUGGAUGUUUUGUAACUACAUCAUCUUGCAUUUUGUUGCCAGGAAUAUUAGAUUAAAUGCUUCAUUCUGGUGCUGUUGCCCUGUUUAUUCUUGAAAGCAAAUAUGUUUAUUAAGCUUACAGCAGUUAUGUGCACUGAACAGACCAUGGAUUUACA